GUUACUUCCUAGUACCAGGAGAAGUUGUGCGCUCUCGGGGAAAGUUGCUGAGCGGACUUUCAGGGAGGCAUCUCUCCCCCGUCCGCCGCCGGGCUCAGGAAUGUGCAGCAGAGACCUCGACUGAAGCAGGACGGAGCCGCGUUCCUCCAGCUCGCCGCUGGAUUCAGUCUGAAGGCGUCGCCGCGGCCGCUGCGCAACGGGAGUAAUGUUCGCCAGGCUGCGCGCCCAGGACGACACUUUGAAGCGAUCUUCUGAGGAUUAUUGAGCCGCCGACUGCUCGAGGGCGACAUCCUCUGCAUCAUGAGGUGCAACAAGGUGCUGUGGGCGUUGUUGGGAGCGGCCGUCAUCAUCACCUUAAUAACGAUCCCUGCAGUUUAUUACAGCAAGUCUGGAGUAACCAAAAGGCCUUUCACUCUUGACGAUUACUUCAAUGACACCAUCAGAUGGAGAUCCUACUAUUUGCACUGGAUAUCAGAUAAGGAGUAUUUGCAUAAAACAAGAGAAGGGGAUGUCUUUCUCCACAACGUCGAGACAAAGGAGGAGUCACUAUAUUUGAACAGUUCAAUCUUUGAACAAGUGGAUGCCAGUGUUUACCUUUUGUCAGCUGAUUAUAAAUACGUGGCUUUAGAGGGCAACGCCACAAAGAAAUGGAGGCACUCGUACACAGCCUCAUACUCCAUCUAUGACAGAGAAGCCUCGAAGUUUGUCACGACUGUGAAUCUUCCCCAUGAGGUGCAGUACUUUACCUGGGCACCAGCAGGAAACAAAUAUGCCUUUGUAUACGACUACAACAUUUUUUUAAUGGUCAAUGCCACUGAUUCUGGAGCUGUUCAGUUGACAACCAACGGCAAGAAGAACGAGAUUCUUAACGGCGUCCCUGAUUGGGUGUACGAGGAGGAAGUCUUUGCAUCGAAUGCGGCCGUUUGGUGGUCCCCGACUGGAAAAUACCUGGCCUAUGCGGAGUUUAAUGACACAGAAGUGCAGAAAGUGGAAUACACAUGGUUUGGAUCGGAGCAGUAUCCUGAGACGGUGGCCGUUCCCUACCCGAAGGCUGGAUCCUCCCUCACCAAGGUGAAGCUGUAUGUGCUCGACACCACAAGUCCAUUCAACCGUACGCGAGUGAAACCCCCCGCCUCAGUUUCAUCUGGUGAGUACAUCUUGUGCUCAGUGACCUGGGCCACGGACGGACGCGUCGCUGUGCAGUGGCUCACCAGAAAACAGAAUCAUCUGGUUGUACAGAUCUAUGACUUUGACGGGAACAGCUGGACAGAAAAACAGAAAUUCGAGCAGACAAGCAAGACGGGCUGGAUCGGCCAUUACAUGCCGUUGCCUAUUUUCUUUGCUGAAGAUGAUCUCAGUUUCUACAAAGUGAUGAGUGACGCUAAGGGCUACAAGCAUAUUCAUCACGUGAAAGACGGCAUUGCGACACCUAUAACCUCCGGGAAGUGGGAAGUCAUCUACAUCAGCAAAUUAACUAACGUUGCUAUAUAUUUCGUGAGUAACGAGUACAAAGGAAUCCCAGUGCAAAGAAACCUCUACAAGGUAAUGAUUGGAAGCAGCCCUUCUGCCACUCAGUGCCUCACCUGCGACCGGAACAAGGACCGGUGUCUCUACAACUCAGGUUACUUGAGUGUUGACGCCUCUUACUACCGGAUGGACUGCUAUGGGCCUGGACUGCCUCUCUACACUCUCAUGGAUAGAAACGGCUCAGAGCUUGCCGUUCUUGAAGACAACAGUGGCCUGGCGAACAUACUGUCAGAGUUCCAGAUGCCAACAAUACAACACGGGACGCUGAAGAUCGCAGGAUUUGAUCUCUGGUAUGAAAUGAUGCUGCCGCCAAAUUUCAAGAAGACAAAAAAGUACCCUCUCCUCAUCGACGUGUACGCCGGCCCCUGCAGUCAGAGCGUGGAGUAUCGCUUCAAACUGAACUGGGGCACCUACCUCGCCAGCUCGCACGGGAUCAUCGUCGCCAGUUUCGACGGGAGGGGAAGCGGUUACCAGGGCGACGACAUAUUGCACGCAAUCUACAAGCGCCUUGGCUCGUUCGAAGUGGAGGAUCAGAUCGCAGCUGUCAGGAAAUUUAUUGACAUGGGAUUUAUUGAUAAAGACAGAAUUGCCAUAUGGGGCUGGUCUUACGGCGGGUAUGUUGCUUCCAUGGCCCUGGGAGCUGGAACCGGACUCUUCAAGUGUGGGAUGGCAGUGGCGCCAGUAGCCAAGUGGGAAUAUUAUGAUGCUGUGUACACUGAGCGCUACAUGGGCACGCCCUCAGAGAAUUCAGAGUGGUACAAAAACUCCUCAGUGACCCCCAGAGCGAAGAACUUCAAGACGGUGGACUACCUGCUGGUCCACGGCACGGCAGAUGACAAUGUCCAUUUCCAGCAGGCCGCACAGAUCUCCAAAGCUCUCGUGGACGAGCAAGUGGGCUUUGAGACGAUGUGGUACACCGACAAGAACCAUAACCUGGGAGGACCAGCCCACUAUCAAUACACCCUCAUGAGUCACUUUCUGCAGAAAUGCCUCGUUGAUCCCAAAUAGCUGUGACCAAUGUGAUCAAAAUGAUUGUGAAUAUUAUUAGUUUUUUAAAGUUUUUUUUAGCUUUUAUAUGUAUUGGGUUUUUUUUUAUUUGCAAUGGAUGUAAAACUGCUCAUUUAUGAUUAAGUUACAAAACAUUUGUCAAAAAAAAAAGUAUUUCACAAAAGCAUGCAUGUAGGUGAACCCUAUUUCUGUAAGUAUGAGAACAAACAAUUAAAUUGCACAGCACCAAUUUGAUGUGAAGUAUUGUCAUUUGUGUUGCUGUAAUGUUCUUGCAAAG